AUGGAGGGGAUGAAGUGUAAUACUCGCUAUACAGUUAACCCCAUGGACGCCAUCGUCGCCCACUCCCGAGUAAGCUUGAACAGCUCGUUUCUCUCCCGUGCAGACGUCUCUGAUGCGUCUCUCUUGUCCCGUCAAAUUGCCUCCGCGCGACCAUCCCUGCCGCCAUUGACUCUCCCGAAAAGACGCCUCUCUCUCCGAGCCUCGGCCGCCAGCAACGGCGCCGCGGUGUCGCCGAACGGUACCGCCCGCCCUCACAAUGCCGCCUCGUUUUCACAGAACGGCGUCGCUUCACCAGGACGCCUCGAGGGCCCUGCCACUAUCCUAUGGGGAGAUGGUCCCAUGCCGCUAGUCGAGCCAGAAGCGGCGGAGACAGACAGGGAAGCGCCGAACAGACCGUUGUCGCCGAGAUCGCCGGCGCGCAGUGAAGUGCCCGGCGUGCGACGCGUAGAGGAGGCGAUCGCCGCCAUUCGACGAGGAGAGAUUGUGGUGGUGGUGGACGAACACGCGCGGGGAGUCGCGGAUCUCAUCAUGCCCGCGUCGCUCGCGACGGCGGAGCGCAUGGCCUUCAUGGUGCGCCACGGCAGCGGCAUCGUCUCCGCCGCCGCGUCCCCCGCCGUGCUCGACCGCCUCGCCAUCCCGCCCAUGCUGGCGGGUGCCGAAGGCGGCGCGAACAACGGCUCCGCGUCUUCCGUAUCUGUGGACGUGGCGGUGGGCACCACAACGGGCAUCUCCGCGGCGGACAGGGCGCGCACGCUCAGGGCCCUCGCGGACCCGCGCUCGCUGCCCGCGGACUUCUGCCGCCCGGGCCACGUCUUUCCGCUGCGCGCGCACCCAGGUGGAGUGCUGCGCCAAGCCACCCGCGUGGAGGCGGCGGCGGACAUGGCGGUGCUGGCGGGGCUGCCGCCCGUGACAGCUGUCACCGAGCUGCUCAAUGAUGACGGCUCGCUGCCCGAUGCCGCCCAGACGCAGCAGUUCGCCACCCAGAAUGCGCUCACGCUGAUCUCCAUUCAGGAUAUUGUUAGGCACCGGCGGCUGGUGGAGCGCACAGUGCGGCGCACAGCGUUGGCGCGGCUGCCCACGGAGUGGGGCACGUUUGACAUUGUCAGCUACAUCAGCGAUGUGGAUGGCAUCGAGCAUGUCGCCAUGGUCAAGGGCGACAUAUCAUCAGGUGAGGACGUGAUGGUGCGAGUGCACAGCGAGUGCCUCACGGGCGACAUCUUUGCCUCCGCCCGCUGCGACUGCGGCCCCCAGCUGCAGCAAGCUCUGCGCCGCAUCGAGGCCAAGGGCCGCGGCGUGUGCAUCUACCUGCGCGGACAGGAGGGCCGGGGGAUCGGGCUAGGCCACAAGCUGCAAGCGUAUAACCUGCAGGACAUGGGGCGGGACACAGUGCAGGCGAAUCUGGACCUAGGCAUGCCGGCUGAUGCUAGGGAGUAUAGUGCAGCGGCGCAUAUUCUGAGGGACCUGGGCGUGCGAUCGCUGCAGCUUAUGACGAAUAACCCCGCGAAGCUGACGGCGAUCAGUGAACUAGGGUUUGCUGUCACGGGACGUGUGCCGGUGCUGUGCCCCAUCAAUAUGGAGAACCGGAGAUAUCUGGAGACAAAGCGUGCCAAGAUGGGCCACCUGUACGAUGCCACGUUGGCACAGCCCAUCAGUGGCGCGUGGGAGGCACGGGGGGAGGAUGCAGAGGAGGCGGAAGAUGUGGAGAGAAGAGUGUAG